GGCGUUUCCGCAUUCCGCACAGAGCUGCAGAGAGACGCGCUUCUUUUAGGACACCUUGAUUCUUUCCCAGGGGAGGAAAGGAGACAAUCCAAGAGGCAGGGAUGCCUUACAUGCUCAUCAGCACGCAGAUCCGACUGGAGUCUGGCCCAACAAAUGUAGGGGACGAGUUCUCUGAUCCAGCUGUAAUGAGUUACCUGGGUGCAAGAAAAACAACCAUGCUGGGAAACAAUUUUUCUGAGUACCAUGUGGAUGACCCACCCCGCCUGGUGCUCGACAAGCUGGAGAAGAUCGGCUUCCGCAUGCUGUCGAUGACGGGAGUGGGACAAACGCUGGUGUGGUGUCUUCACAAGGAGACAGAUGGAUUAAUCACAAUGUAGCCUUAAAAUGCCUGAUGGAAUUUGCAGGAAAGAAAUGUAUUUUUUUUGUGUGCUUACCUUCUUGAAGUUUUGAUAAAUUCACAAUCAGAGAGCAGAGAAAAAACUUUAGAGCUGAGAUUAUCCUUUGCACAAUAUUUCUGAUUGAACAGGUUAAAAUAUUGAUGUAUUAUGGAAGUACAUUUCAGUUAAUUUGGUAGUAAUUUACUGCAGGUGUGUUGAAAGCUAUUGGUAUAUAGGAAGUCAAAGGACCUCUCUUGUAAAUGAGAAAAAACACAGGCUGUGUCUGAACAUCCACCCUAACACAUAAAUCCUUCAAUCACUAUAUAGAAUGGGGAGCAUAUAGUGGACUUUAUAGUGAACUGAGUUAACUGACCGUUCAGACAGAUGAUCACUACUUUUCACUUCCCGUUGGUCACGUAACUCCACCUCCCUGCACAAUGCCAGUGCUCUCUUUGUUAUUUGCUGUCACCACUGAUCUCUAUUUAUUAACUGGAUUGCUGAUAGGCCGUUGGUAGUACAUGGUGCUGUGUAGUCACCAGCUGCCAUAUUGGUACUCCCAGGUAAGGCUGGUUGGAAUGUAAACAGAACGUUCGCUACAGCAUCGAACAAUGAUGGUGUUCUUGUCUUCAGGGGGGCUUAAGACUUUUAAAAUAAAGGUAAAUUAAUCACUUUGACACACACUUGCUGUUUCAUAGCAGCAGUAGAUUACUGUAACUUAUGGUAAAAAAAAAAUAGGCAGAUCACAUUGUAUAGUCAGUAUGAAAUUAAUUAAGUCUAUAAAUCAUUUAUUAUAAUGGAUUAUACAAACCCCUCACAAGAAAUUUAGUGUUUAAUGGAGAAUAGUAGUACUGUAGUCAGAUAUUAAGCAAAUUACACACUAUCUGAUGAUGUGCCAUAAGUGCUAAAUUGAUUUUGUACAUGUAAUAUACAUUUAUUAAUUACAUUGUUCUGGUAAUUACAUUAUAUUACAGGCAUUUUUAGGGCGUGACUCAGUGAGAGUAGGGAGUACCAAGAUGGUGGCAGGUGACUUCAGUUUUGUUGGCCCAUCAGCAAUCCAGUGAAUAAAUAGAGAUCAGUGGUUGCCACUACAACAAAUCCCAUGAUGCUUUGCAAGGAGAGCUUUCACAAAGCAAUCUGGGAUAAAUCUGCUCAUUUAGUGUCAAUGGAUGAUCACUACUUUUGAAGGUGCAUUGUAGGAAAUUUCAAUUUCACUACUUUGUCAUCCUUUUGAUAUUCAGACACUCAUUUAAAAGAGCUUAACCACUAUGUAGAGCCCUAUAUAGGGAUUAGGGCGAAUGUUCAGACAGCCACAGUUUCUUGUAUUAGUGCCAAAGUCUUUGUGAACUAAGUUUGCAUUGUG